AUGGCGAAUGAGCCGGAACUACCGCCAGGAUCCGCAGUUCCUGCCACGUCAGCAGCACCAACGGCAGGGGUUCCGUCCUGCUCGUCCUCGCCGCCGGUCUCAUCAUACGAACUCGCGAAAGAGCUGGCGAAAUCGUCGCCGAAGUGUUACAUACGUGGCCAGUGGGGUGUUCUCCACGGUAUCAACGCGAACGCGAAGCAACGACCGAAGGGCCCGCUCAUCCCGCUGGUGAAUCGCGACACCCUGUUGGGCCGCCUGGUGCCUCCGCCCUUCCAGUUCGCCAGCCCCUCCGUCUCCGCGCGCCACUGCACCAUCUCCUGCCUCCCCCCGCCUCCCACUUCCGCUGGGGAAGCCCCUGCGCCUCCACAGACGGGCGAGGCACGCCCGUCCCCGCAGGGGGAAGCAGCUGCUGGGGUGGAGGAAGCAACAGCAGGAGCUGAGAGGGAUGGAGGAAGCAGGGAGGGGUUCAUUGUUGUGGUCAAGGACGCGAGCUCCAACGGCACGUUCAUCAAUGGAACAAGGCUGCAGAGGAAUGGACCCCCCCAGCAGCUGAAGCAUGGCGAUGUGCUGUCGCUCGUGGGGCCGCCAGAGACAGGUGUGUGGGCGGCAGAUGCAGGUGUGUGGGCGGCAGAUGCAGGUGUGUGGGCGGCAGAUGCAGAGGUGGCCCACACGUUUGUCUUCCUGCGCGUGGAAGGCGCACAACUACCAGCUGCUUCUCCUGCUCCUGCCAAUGGCGCUGCUGCUGCUGCUUCUGCUGCUAGGGGCCUGCACUCCCCUCCUGCCGCAGGGAAGUACCUAGGCAGGUGCGCAGCAGCAGGAGGAGCGGGUCCAGUCAGUGGGACCGUGCGCGGUGUGAGUGUGAAGAGAGAGCAAGGAGAGGGCGCAGACGUGGCACACACAGCAGCAACAGUGCUGGUGAAGCGGAAGGCUCAAGCCUUGAGCUCCAAUCCGAGCCCUAUGGCGUUAGAUGCAAGCCAUGGGACAGACACCACUCACGGCCCCCCUGUGGGAUCCCCCUCUGUGAAAGGCCAGAUGCUGCCCCCUCCUCCGCGCUCCUCCCCUGCAGCAGCGCGCCGACUGUCCAUGCACUCUCCCCCACCGCUCCCAGGGUCGGGGUUGGGAGCAGGAGGCGUAGCUUUGGGUCCAGACGAUGGGGGGAUCGUAGCAGGAGGGGAGAUGAAGCAGCUGCGGCGGGCCAAUGAGGAGCUCCGGCAGCAGCUGGACGCGGAGGCUGCUAGGAUGGAUGAGAUGCUGAGUCAGCGACAGCAGGAGGAGCGACGGCACGAGGAGGGUGUGGUGAGUGCGCGCAUGGAGGUGCAGCAGAAGUGGGAGGGGCGCGUGCAGGAGGCGCAGAGGGAGAGAGACGCUGCAGCCAGCAGGCAGGAGGAGGCGGAGGGGGAGGUGGUGCGGCUGCAGGAGGAGCUGACAGCCCAUCACGGCUCACUUGCCAUCCACAGCAACCCUCCCUCACCUCCUCGCUCCCUGUUGUCCGUCUUCCCACAGGAGGGCGAGAGGGCAGCAGUGGUAGCGGGGCAUGAGAGGGCGAGGAGGGCGGAGGGGCUGCUGGAGGAGGAGAGGGGGCGGGCAGGGCAGCUGCAGCAGCGAGUGGCCGCCUUGGAGGGGGCUCUCGCAGGGAAGGAGGGGGAAGCGGCUCAGCUGCAGGUGCGGUGCAUUACAAGUGUUACCCUCUUCCAGGCCUUGCUGGCAUCUUCGGAGGCCCGAGCCUGUGGCUUGGCAGGGGAGCUUCGGAAGGCAAAGACGCAGCUGUCAGUGGAGCAGAGGCGGUUGCAGGGAGCACGAGAACGCAUCAUGCUGCGGGAUGCUCAAAAGAGGGAAUUCGAGAAAACAGCGAACCACAUAGCAUGCCUGCAGGAGCAGAUGGAGCAGGCGCACGAGGAGCAGACGGCGCUGGGGCAGUCGCAGCAGCAGCUGCAGCAGCAGGUGGUGCGGGCGCAGCUAGCAGCAGCAGCAGCCGCAGCAGCAGCGGCAGCAGCAGCUGCAGCAGCAGAUGCUGAGAGCGCACCUGGAGCAGCAGCAGCAGCUGACGCGCAUGAGGGAGGGGAGGAGGAGGAUGAGGAGAUGACUCAAGAAGCCGAGGUGGGAGAGGGAGUGGUGGGGGGAGAACUGGUGGGGGAAGGAAUGGCGGGGGUUGGAAUGGUGGGGGGUGGAAUGGCGGGGGGUGGAAUGGCGGGGGGUGGAAUGGCGGGGGGUGGAAUGGCGGGGGGCGGUGAUACGUGCCCUGUAGAAGGUGAGGUGCCUCGUGCUGAAGCUGAGGCACGUGGUGGUGUAGCACAGGGGAGUGUGAGUGGACGGGCGGAGGAGAGGGUUGAGAAAAGGGAGGGCUUGUUGCUUGUACGGAGGGAGCUCUUUAGGGGGGAUGAGGGGGAAGGGCGUGGUGAGGGAGGAGCAGGGAUGAGGGAGACAGAAGAAGAUGGGAGGGGACUAGGUGAUGGGGGGAGGGACACACGAGAGGAGGAAGGGGAAGGAGGAUAUGAAGAGACGGAAGAGUGUUCGUUGGAGGAUCGACUGGACACGGGUGAGGAACCGUUGGAUGGUCGGUUUGAUGAGUUGAACAAAGAAGGUGGGCCGUUGGAUGGUCGGUUUGAUGAGUUGAACAAAGAAGGUGGGCCGUUGGAUGGUCGGUUUGAUGGGUUGAACAAAGAAGGUGGGCCGUUGGAUGAGCGGCUGGAGGAGCUGAUGGAGGCAGAGACACAGGAAUACAGUGGCGGGCGCGGAGGGAUGCUGGAGGGGUUCUCGGGGGGGAUGCUGGACGACACUUGUGAGUCGCCUGAACGAGGAGGGGUGAUGGAAGAGGGGUUCACGGCAUGGGGAGAGGAGGAGACGGGGGAGGGUGCAGAGGGGGAGGAGGGGUCGGAGAGGGACGGAGCAGCAGGGCAACGAGAGGAGGUGGAGGUGGCAGGGGUUGUGGGGAAGGGAAUGGGAAGGAGCUCUCUGAAGGGUGAUGCUGGUGCUCAUUUAGGAGCACGGGAGAUAGUGGGAGGUGAACCAGACGGUAAUGAUGGCGGGGGUGCUGAUGGUAACGGUGGUGCUGUGGAAGGGAAGCAGAGGGAGGAGAAGAAGGGAGUCACAUGUGAAGGUGGUGGAGUGGGGACGGAAACCCAGUCUUAUGGAGGUAUGCCAGAGGGAUCAGACACCCCCAACCCUGCGCUGCUGCUGGUGGGCGGGCAAGCUUCUGAAGGGGAUGAGGCCCGCAUGGGGGGGAAUGAUGGGAGCUGUGAGUUGAGAAGGGAUGGAGCUGGGGCUGUGCCUGUGGUUGCUGCUAUGAGAGUUGAGGGCGGUGCUGUGGGCGUGGGUGCAAUGGGUGGGAGUGAGAUUGGGACUGGUUUUGGAAAUGGGAAUGGCAGUAGGGGGGGCAGUGAUGCUGAUAUGGGCUGUGAUGGUGCGGUGAGAGGUGGUUCUGAUGGAUCCAGCGGUAUGCGGAUGGGUGAUGGGGAUACGGGGGAUGAAGAGAUGGAUGAAGGGGAUGAGGAUGUGAGGGGUGAGAAUGAGGGGAAUACGAAGGAGGAGGGUGGCGAUGCUGAUGAUGAGGAGUUGUUGCCAGCUUGCAAUACCGCAGGAAGGGUGUCUGCUAUGAACCCCGACGGGUUUGAUGUGGAAAGGGAGGGGAAGGAGGGUGCAGAAACAGGCAAGGGUGGGGGCGGUGUGGGGAUGCUUCAGGAGGAGGGUGUAGGGGAGGGGGAGGAGGGAUUGCGGCGUGUGGAGCAGGGGAGUGAGAAGGGGGACAGUCCAGCGGACGAGAUAGAGGGGGAUGUGGUGGCGACAUGGGGCCUGCCGCAUGUGAUGCGUGCGUACCGGCGGCGAAGGAAGAGGAGGUUGAGUGGCGGGGAUGGGGUGAAGACGGGGAGGAUCAAGGGAGGGCGGGAGGUGGGAAGGUUGGGACGCAGUGAGAAGGGGAGAGAGAGGAGGAGGUUGCGUGGUGAGAGUGGUUCACCUUGUGGUGUGGAGAGCAGUCAGGAAGCGAAUUCCUGGUGA